CGCUCCCAGCUUCGGUUUCUAUUACUUCAAACUAGAAGCUUCUCCCUUAAUCACUUCUUCGCCUCACUUAAGGCAAACACUCUAUCAUACCCAAGUCGAACAUAUAUUGCAUACCCUGCAAUCAUGACCACGACACUUCGCAACUAUCUUGGCUUCGGCCAAGCGGCCGCGAAACCGAAGGAGCCCGAGUCUGUUCGCGCUCUACCUGCAAAUUGGUACACUUCCCCAGAGAUGUACGAGUUGGAACGUCGAUCUAUCUGGUCACGGAAGUGGCUGAUCAUGACCCACCAAGUCCGUCUCAAGCAACCUGGCGAUUUCCUUCGCUACAAGAUUGGUGGAUUUGACUUCAUCAUCUCUCGUGAUCGAUCCGGAAAGAUCUCAGCAUUUCACAACGUCUGCAGACAUCGCGCCUACCCAGUUAUAGAACAGGAGAAAGGCACGGCAAAGAUCUUUUCAUGCAGAUACCAUGGCUGGUCUUAUGGUCUCAACGGCAAACUUGCAAAGGCCCCUGGAUAUCAAGAUCUCCCCGACUUCGAUAAAUCCGAGAACGGUCUAUUCCCCAUCCACACCCGAAUCGAUGUCAACGGGUUCAUUUGGGUGAAUCUCGAUGCACAGAAAGAGCCUGAGAUCUCCUGGGAAGAGGAUUUCGAUGGUGUUGAUCAGCAGGCGAGGUUUCAAGAAUACGACUUCGAGAAUUACGAGUUCGACCACGUCUGGGCUAUCGACGCUGACUACAACUGGAAGAUCGCCGCCGACAACUACAAUGAGUGCUACCACUGCCAAACCACACACCCUGAUAUCCCAUCCCUAGCCAAUCUGGAAACAUACGAUGUGCACCCUAAGGCUGCUCACAUCCAGCAUGAUGCAUCGACCACUCCGGAGCAAAGGGGCAAUGGCCUUUGCAUUGCAUCCACAUACUACUGGCCUCAUGCCUCCAUGACAGUUUCUCCCCACUUCUUCUUCAUGCAGAAGUUCAUGCCCACCUCACCCACUACAACCAAUGUCUACUACGAGGUUUACCGGAACCGCCAUUCUUCUGAAGAAGACUUCCAAACCAUCAACGCAAUGUACAAGCGCAUCAUGUCCGAAGACAAGGAGCUCUGCAACCUCGCCCAGAAGAACCUCAAUGCAGGUGUCUUCAUCAACGGCGAACUCCACCCACACAUGGAAAAGGGACCUCUCUAUUUCCAAAAGAUGUGCAGGGAGAUUGUGGUGGAGUGGCAUGCCCGCGAGAAGAGGGAGGGUCACGAGAUCUGGCCUGCCCGACAGGUGUUGCCGGGCAAAGCAGCGCAGGCCAAUGAGGAUGUUGACUUUUGCGAGGGCUUGUCUUGUGGCAAAGAGAGAAACGAUAGCCUGGUUUGGUAA